AUGAGAUUGGGAAGCUGGAACAUAGGAACCUUAACGGGUAAAUUGAGGGAGUUGGCAGAUGUUUUUGCUAGAAGGAAAGUGAAUAUUGUUUGUUUGCAAGAAACUAAGUGGGCUGGAGAAAAGGCCAAGGAAGUGGAUGGAACUGGUUUCAAGUUAUGGUACACAGGUACGAACAAGAGUCGAAAUGGUGUUGGAAUUAUGAUCGACAAAAGUUUCAGAGAUAAAGUUGUGGACGUUAAAAGGAAAGGCGACAGGAUUAUUCUGGUUAAGCUUGUUGUGGGUGACUUAAUCCUGAAUAUCCUCAGUGUGUAUGCACCCCAAAUUGGAUUGCAACCAACUGAUAAAAGCCAAUUUUGGGAAGACUUGGAGGAGGUUUUGAGGGGAAUACCUCGAGAGGAGAAGAUUUUUGUAGGAGGAGAUCUAAAUGGUCAUGUUGGUAAAAGCAAUGGAGGUUUUGAUAGAAUCCAUGGAGGUUUUGGCUAUGGGACGAGAAACGAGACUGGAGAAGAUAUCUUGAAUGUUGCACUAGCCUACGAUUUGAUGUUAGUGAACACCUUUUUUCAAAAAAGGGAGUCACACCUGAUCACUUAUCAUAGUGGCCAUAAUCGUAGUCAGAUUGAUUUCUUUCUGGCUAGAAGAGAAGAUAGAACUUCUUGUGUCGAAUCUGGUAGUCUUGGAUGUUCGGUUCAACAAAGUACGUACAAUGAAGAAGAGGGCUCAGAAUCCAAGGAUAAGGUGGUGGAAGCUUAA